UAUAUCAUACAGAUAAAUACAAAUAUACAGAUACAAACAAUGGCAACAGUACAAGAGAUUAUUACAAAGUCCGAUGAGAUGUAUGAGAGAUCAGAGUUCGCCGCACUGUUCACUUUUAUGGAGGAGUCAUUGGCAUCACAUCCAGAGGAGGUCAAUAUUAUGUGGCGUGUGGUGCGUUCAUACUUUGAGCGCUACGAGUCGUUGACUGAUGUACCAGCCAAGGUCGAGAUAUUGACCAAGGCCAUCGCACUUGUGAACAGAGGACUCGAGUUGGAGGAGACCAACGCACCACUGCACAAGUGGUGGGCCAUCAUCACCAGCAGUCUGGGUGACCACGGUCCCACCAAGGACAAGAUCGCCAACGCCUUCAAGAUCCGCGAUCACAUCCAGCGCUCGCUCGAGCUCAACCCAAGCGACCCGACCACCAUGCAUCUGAUGGGCCGUUUCUACUACCAGAUCGCCAACAUCAGCUGGGUGGAGCGCACCAUCGCCACCGCCCUGUUUGGCGCGCUGCCCGUGUGCACGUUCCAGGACGCACUGGACUACUUCCUCAAGUCGGACGCCGUCGAGACCAGCACCAUUCGCAUCCGUAACGGAUUGUUCAUUGCUGAUACAUACUAUGGCAUGAAGGAUUGGCCAAAGUCCAAGGAGUGGUACCUCAAGGUGGCCCAGAUGGUUCCCAAGUCUGAUGCCGAGCGUGCUCAAGUAAAGCAAGCUCAUGACAAGGGUAACAGC